AUGGCUGAAGCUGCCACUACCACGGCUGCUCCGGCAGGUAGGCCUACAAAGCCUGAUGAAGCCGCUUACAAAGAGAAGCUGGCUCAGGCUGAGAAGGAACACUCGGAGGUCAUGGCCAAAUACAACGCCAUCAAGGCCAAAAUCGACAUCGCUCAGCCCAACAAGAACAAGGAUGCCCCGAACCCGACGCAGAAGCGUCGCCAAGAACUGAUUGCACAAGCAAACGAGAUCCGCCAGAAGCAGGCUGGAGGCAAGAACGCACGCCAGACUAAGCAGGACCAGAUCAAGCGCCUCGACGAGCAGCUCCGCAGCCGCAUCGCUGAGCAGAAGAAUGCUCGUGGAAAGGUCAACUUCAAGAGCGUCGAGGAGGUGGAUCGUGAGAUCUCCCGCCUUGAGAAGCAGAUCGAGGGCGGCACCAUGAGGAUUGUGGAUGAGAAGAAGGCACUCGACGAGAUGUCCAACCUCAGGAAGCUGCGCAAGAACUUUGCCCAGUUCGACAACCAGCAAAAGGAGAUUGACGACCUCCGCAACAAGAUCAAGGAGGUCAAGGACAGCAUGGACAACCCAGAGCAGAAGGCACUCAGCGAGCAGUACAACAAGAUCCAGGCCGAGAUAGACGCCAUCAAGGCCGAACAGGAUGAAGCAUACAAGGGUCUUUCCAGCCUCCGUGACGAGCGUACCAAGCUACAGAACGAGCAGCGCGAGAAGUUUGAGGCCAUCCGCAAGAUCAAGGACGAGUACUACGCGCAAAAGAAGGCCUACUCCAACUAUGAGUGGGAGGCCAAGCAAAAGGCCAGGGAGCGGAGGAAGGCUGAGGAAGCAAAGAGAGCUCAGGAGUUCAAGAUGGAGCGCGCCAAGAAGAUGCUUGCCGAAGCCAGUGACCCUGCUUACCUCGAGGAGAUCCGCCGCGCCAACAGCUUGAUCCGCUUCUUCGACCCGUCGCACCAGGGCGAGACCAGGGCGCCGCUCCUGGCCAGCAGCGGUCUUUCCGCCGAGGCUACGCGUAAGGUUGACGACUCCGGCCUCAAGGGGACUCGCCUGAUGAGCAAGAAGGAUCGCGAUGAUGAGUACGCCCCGGCCGUUAAGAAGGGCAAGAAGGGAAAGAAGAGCAAUGCUGCUACGGAUGCCGCUGGCACCGGAAAGUUCAGCUGCCCGCCAUCCGUCAUGGAAGACUGCGCAUUCAUGGGUAUCGAGCCACCCAUGAGCGCAGCUGAUGUUCCUACUGUGCUUGAGAAGGCCAAAGCCAAGCUCGAACACUGGAAGUCUGACCAAGCUGCUCAGACUCAGAAGAACAUCGACAAGGCAAAGAAGGAGAUUGAGAAGAUAGAGGCUGAAGAGGCUGCUGGCAAUGAUGCCAACGGCGACAGCAAAGAGGACAAGGCUGUCGCGGGCGUGACCUCGGACCUCAAGGAGACUGCCAUUGAGGACAAGAAAGAUGAGGAGACCAAGGCAUAG